AUUAAGAUAAAUAGUUGAAAAGCCUACAAGUAUCUUCUAGCCGGAAAGUGGUCAGCUCGUAAUUUAGGGUUAAUGGUGGUGUCUUUAUGGUCAUUGCAUUUCCUCCACAAAAAUGAGUUCAAAAAAAAAAAAUAAGCAAGCCAAAAAAUGGCGGGAAGAAAAUAAAGCCCUACACCAAAUUUCGUUCUCAAAAAUCAAAAUCCCUACAAUUAUUCUUUGUUCUUCUGCAAAAUUGGGGAAGGAAAAAAAAAUGGAAGAAUCAAAAUCUAAAGAGAAAUUGUGUUGGAGAAAGGAAGUGGAUCACAAUCUGAAGCGGCUUCACUCGCUCCUCUUCGGCGCCGAACUCUGCCUCGAGAAGGGCGAUUUCGCGGCCGCUCAGCUACUUUCUCUCCGGCUUCUUGGCUUUCUCGAUUCUCAUACACAGUCGGAGGUGGACGAGACCUUCAUUCGCCCCAUCCGGCGUGACGCAGUUUCCAAGCUUCACGGUGCUCGGCGUGCCCUCGUUGAAGAUUCCGAUCGCCGAGCAUUUGAACAGGCAGGCAAAGCGCCUGGUCCUGUUUUCAACAAGGAAGUUGGUAUUGACAUUGAGAAGAUUAAGCAAUCAAAGUACUUCCAAGUGCUGCUUCAGCAAUUUAAUGGAAGGGCUGUAAGUGAUUUGGGAGACCAAUCAGGGAGGCAAGGCAAGCUGAUCAGCAAAGCAUCAAAAGUUACAGCCCCGGACAAGUUGGCAUCCUUGUAUGGAAACAAAAUUGCUAUGGCAAAUAAUGGCUCAUGCAAAACUUCUUUGAACUUGAAAGCUAAGAGUUUUGAGGACUGCGUUAUAGUGGAAAAGGCUCAUUCUUAUCACAACCCUCCUAGGGGGCAUGGUGUCUCUGCAUUGUGCAAAGUUGAAGAAGACGAAAGAGGACUUGGAAACACUUUGGGGACAAAACGUGCGCACAAUGAAAUUAGAAGCCCCAGACAAGACAGGGCAAGGUCACCAUCAAUUAGUGAAGAAGCUCAUGCUGAUGUUUCUGGAAAUGGAUUUGUAACAGCCAAAGCUAAAUUGGAAAUGGAAGUAAAGCAAAGGCGGGGGUUGGCAGGAUCCCCAAGUUCUUCUGUCUCCCAGCAAAGUGAUACCAAUUCCUCAGCUAGAGGUUAUGGUGUAAAAUCUUAUGGUUUUUCACGCCGUGGGGUGCGUGGUAAUUUUGUCCCACCUAGCAGAUCCAAUGGGGGAAAUGCUGGAAAUGUGACUUCAAGAAUUGGUGGGGCAGGUGAUGAUGCACUAGAUGACUCAACAAGGAAGUGUUUGGAAAUGCUGUGCGGUCCUGAUGGUGAACUUCCUGAAAAAUUGAGGAAUUUGGAACCUCGCCUUAUUGAACAUGUCAGUAAUGAGAUCAUGGAUCGGGAUCCAAAUGUUCGGUGGGAUGAUAUUGCUGGUUUGGAGCAUGCCAAAAAAUGUGUAACUGAGAUGGUGAUAUGGCCUUUAUUACGUCCCGACAUAUUUAGAGGUUGUCGAUCUCCUGGAAGAGGACUUCUUCUCUUUGGUCCCCCAGGAACUGGCAAAACAAUGAUUGGGAAAGCUAUUGCUGGGGAAGCAAAAGCAACUUUCUUCUACAUAUCUGCUAGCUCAUUGACAAGCAAGUGGAUUGGUGAGGGUGAAAAGCUAGUGCGGGCUCUUUUUGGGGUGGCCAGUUGUCGUCAGCCUGCUGUAAUUUUUGUUGACGAGAUAGAUUCACUUUUAUCUCAGCGCAAGUCAGACGGUGAACAUGAAUCAAGUAGAAGACUUAAAACACAGUUCCUCAUUGAAAUGGAAGGUUUUGACAGUGGCACUGAGCAAAUUCUGCUUAUAGGAGCAACCAAUAGACCCCAAGAACUUGAUGAAGCAGCACGGAGGCGACUCACUAAGAGACUCUAUAUUCCGCUCCCUUCCUCAGAAGCGAGAGCCUGGAUUGUACGCAAUCUCUUACAGAAGGAUGGACUACUCAAGCUUUCACAAGAGGAUAUCGAUGCAAUUUGCAGAUUAACUGAAGGAUAUUCAGGAUCUGAUAUGAAGAAUUUGGUGAAGGACGCAUCUAUGGGUCCAUUGAGAGAUGCCCUAAGACAAGGCAUUGAAAUUACAAAGCUGAAAAAGGAAGACAUGCGAGCAGUAACCCUUCAGGAUUUUGAGAGUGCAUUGCAAGAGGUCAGGCCUUCUGUUUCAUUAAAUGAACUUGGUACAUAUGAAGAAUGGAACAAACAAUUCGGAAGCUUAUCCCUGUGAAAAUCAGUUCUGAAAGAAAGGGCUAAAAAUAAUGCUGCAGAAAUUGUAAAACAGGAGAACUGAACAGAGAAUCUGUUGGCGGAUGUCAACGGAAACAUAAACAAGAAGAUGCAGACGACACAUUUCUCCCUUUCAAAAAGAAGCACAUGUGACAUUAUCGUCCGUUACACGCAUGUGCAAAAAUGUAAUCAUGGAUGCACAAGCACAUGUAUUCUCCACUAGAUGUCACAUAUAAUCAAUGAUCAAUGAUUAGGAUUCCUCCUUGAUCAAGACACGUAUUGACUUUUAAUGGUGUGAUAUGUUUUUCCU